AAAGUCUCGUCAUGACUUUGCCCCAACCUACUAUUCUCUAAUGUACUAGUAGGAGUCUGUUAAGUUGAACGUGCACCUAAGACAGCAAGCUAUGCUUAUUCACAACUUGAACAAUGGAAUAAGCCUUAAAUUACAAGUUUUGCGGUAACAAGUUUCACUUACGGUCAACUUAUACUUGACCUCCAAUAGGCUACUUCGUUGUUUGACAUAUAGGUCAUACUCUCUGGUCGCUUCAUGAGCUUAAUAGAGAUCAUCCAAAUCUCAUAGACUGCGAUCGUCCAACAGUUGGGCUCACAUAGUCUUAUUCUUUUAAGAACGUUUUACAUGACAACGUCUUUGGUACUUAAAACCAAUAGAAUUCAUAAUGCUAUUGUCAACCUGCCAUAGAAGAAUUAAGAAUAUUGCAUCCUUCUCUCGAGUGAGUUAAUGCUAACCUCUAGCUUGUUCACCUCGGAUCCUAAUUCACAGGUCUUCGAUAACAUACCACUAGGGAAUAACUUAUACGGGUCUCAAACCCAUUUCCUUGGAUGCUAUGUUUAUCACAUUACAUGAUAGCUCUUUACUAAACAGAUCAGCCAAAUUUUUUCCAGUGUGGCCAAUUCACAGUAAUUACUCUAGAGUUUCUCAUUUUUCUAACUGAUUUUAACCAUCUCUUGAUGUGUCUUGGUGACUUCAUAUUAGACUUAGAACGGUUUACCUUGCCAAUAACUAUUUGAUUGUCACAGUUAAUAAGAAUUGCCUGUAGUGGUUUCUUAAAAAAAGGUAAGUCCAUCAAUAGCCCACGAAAUUCAUCGACCUCCACUAUAGCUAGUGUCAGAGCACCUGUUAUGGACGACUAUGGAUGGAACCAUACCUUAAAAGCAUGUUUGGUGUAGUGGUAAGUGCAUACUGGUUAUAAUCAACAUGUUCUAAGUUUGAGUCCUACAUGUGCAACAUCUUUUUCUCCUUUUUUUCCUUUUUAACCAUACCUAAUUAUUAUUAUGUUCUCUGCUACUAACUAUAGCUAUGUCUAGUGCUGCGAGUUUUGCUUCCAUAGUAGAUCUCGUCAAUAUGGUGUACUUGCUUGAUCUCAAUGAAAUAGCAACACCUCCAAGAUUGAAAACAUAACUUCUAGUACUGCAAGAUAGCCAAAAUAAUUAUUUUAUAAUAUAUAGUGUCCACCAAGUAGUUCAUUACACAAUCUAGCACACGCCACUGAACAUCUCUCGAAUUACUAGUAAACUAACUCAAUUUGUUGACUCCAAAAGCGAUGUCAAGCCUCAUAGCACCAACAAGAUACAUGAGUGACCCAAUAAUAUAUGAAUAUCUUAGUUGGUCUCUACCAAUUCUCUUAUUCUAUGAAGAAUCAAACUAGAAUCAUAGGGCGUUGGGGGCAAUUUACAACAUUUAUAGCCAAAACGACUCAAACAAAGAAUGUGUUAGAGUAAUCUCAUUCUCUCCCUUGAUUGCUUGAUGUUAAGAAUAAUAUCAGCCUCACCUAGAUCCUUCAUUUUAAAACUUUGGCAUAGAUUUGACUUGACCUCGUUGAUCAUGUAAAAACAUGUUCCAAGGGUCAGUUUGUCAUCAACAUACAAGCAUAAUAUGACUCACAUUGAUGGACCUCAUUGAGACAAAAGCCUGUUGAUUUGAGUAUCAAGUCAAAUUUAUCAUGCCAUUGCUUAGGUGUUUGUUUCAAGUCAUACAAAGAGUUAUAUAUCUUACAAACCUUGUCCUCAUGACCCUUUACUACACACCCAUCAGGUUGUGUCAUGUAUAUUGUCUCUUCUAUAUCUCCAUUAUGGAAAGUUGUCUUAACGUCCAUCUGAUGAAUGACAAGACCACACGAUGCAACCAAGGAGAGUAUAACACAAAGAGUAGUCAAUAUGGUAACAUGUGACUAAGUAUCAAUGUAAGCUUUGCCUUCUUUCUAGGUGCAACCAUUGGCCACAAGCCAAGCCAUGUACUUGUCAAUAGUACAAUCAGAGCUUCUAAUUGAACACCCGCAUGCAAACUACAGGUUUGCAACCAUAUGAUCGGUCAACAAGCUCCCAAGUUCCAUUAGAAAGAAUAGAAUCCAUCGCACUAUGAAUACCUUAUUACCAAUCAUCCACAUCAGGAGAUGAGAAUGCCUCAAGAUUGUUUUGGGAGAAUCAUCUAUAAGAUAAACAGUGAACUCGUUACCAAAAUACUUUGCAGUCCUUUGUCUCUUACUCCUCCUAAGAGCUUCACUGUAGAUCUCCUCAUCAUCUGGUUUAAGUGUAUGUUCAACAUGCUUAUACAAUUCAUUAGGCUGAGGAGUUGUAUUUGUAGUCUCAUUCAAAGGUAAUCUAGACAUGAUCUGCAAAUCUUUCAUAGGAAAUAUGUUCUAAAAACAUCAUGAGACUCUAGCAACGAAUUAACAUGCACAUCAUACACCUUAGAUUUAUCCACUAGAAAUCUAUAAGCAAUACUAUGAUGAGUGUAACCCAAAAAUAUACAAUCCACGGUUUUUUGUCUCAACUUAUGAUUUUUAUUUAUUUGCACAUUCACUUUUUUCAAACAACCCCAUGGCCAUAAAAGAAUGAAGGUCUUCUCAAAAUCGACUCCUGGUAGGUAGUUUUCUCCUUAUUCUUCAUGGAAAAUCUAUUUAGGACAGGACAUGCAGUCAUACUGCCUCCCCCAUUAUGCCUUAUAAGAUACAACAUUGUCUAACAUGAAGUAAGUCAUAGAAUGUGUGAUUCUUUCUUUUGGCGACCUCGUUCCACACAGAAUAGGUCAAAAUCUUUAGAGAAAUAUUCACCUCCUUGACCAGACCUUAUUAUUUUAAUUUUUUUCUCAAGUUGGGUUUCUACUUCCACCUUAUAGAUUUUAAAAUAAUUUGGACCCUCAUUUUCAUUUUCAGUAACUACACAUAACAAAAUCUAGAGCAACGUCUGCUGGGCGGAACUAUGACGAAUUCAUCAUCAACUCCACCACGAUCGGUAUCAGUGGCAAUCCAGCAACGUCUGCUGGGCGCAGCCGUAUCCGGCAACUCCGCGGAAAUGAAACACAUGGCCCUGCGAGCCCCGGGGGUGCUGCUGGGGACCACUCCUCAGGGGAACACCUGCCUCCACAUCGCCUGCAUCUAUGGCCACGAGAGGUUCUGCAGGGACGUCCUGGCGCUGACGACGAACAGCCAGCAGUCUCCGGCGGCGGCGCCUCUUCUCGUGACCAUCAACGCGGAUGGCGAGACGCCGCUGCUCGCCGCCGUGGCCAGCGGCCACGUCUCCGUGGCCUUGUUUAUCCUCGGGCGCUGUCGGGAGGAGCGGCUGAGCGAGGCGAUCCUGACGCAGGACAAGCGCGGGUUCAACGCGCUGCACCACGCCAUCCGCAACGGGCACCGGGGGCUCGCCCUCCAGCUGGUCGACGCGGAGCCCGGCCUGUCGAAAGCCGUGAACAAACACGACGAGUCGCCCUUGUUCAUCGCGGUGAUGAGGAACUACGCGGACGUCGCGGAGAAACUGCUGGAGAUCCCCGAUUCUGCUCACGUGGGAGCGUAUGGCUACAAUGCUCUGCAUGCUGCCGUGAGAAGUGGCAAUCCAGUUGUGGCAAAAAGGAUCAUGGAGACACGUCCUGAGCUGGCAAGACAAGAAGACAAGCACAAGGCGACCCCAAUGCACAUGGCUGUGCACUGGGAUAAGAUUGACGUGCUGAGAGUGCUGCUGGAGCAUGACUGGUCCUUAGGGUACGUACUCGACUCCAGUGGUAUCCCUAUUCUUGCUUCAGUUGCGAGUCGAGGAUACGUUGGUGCUGCCCAAGAGCUUCUCAGGCAUUGCCCAGAUGCUCCCUAUGCCCCUACAAAUGGCCUGUUGACAUGCCUUCACCAAGCCGUUCAGGGUGGUCACAUGGAGCUUCUAGAAUUCUUCCUGCGGUCAAAGCAUCUACGGAAGCUAGUCAACAUGCGAGACGGAGCGGAAGAGACUCCUCUGCACGACGCCGUCCGAAAGUGCAAUCCCAAGAUAGUCAAUGCUUUGCUGCAGCAUCCGGACACCGACGUCACAGUGCUUAACCGGUCGGGUAACCCGGCUACCUGGCUACUACGGGGCGACCACGCCAAGACUUUAAACUGGAAUGAAGUCUCCAUGCUUAUGUUGAAAGCUGAUCCUGAUGCAGCAAACGAUACAUAUAACCUUCAUAAGCAAAUCAAGGAUCGAGUAACUUCUGAAUCAAGGAAGGAUAUAAAGUUAUUGACUCAAACAUACACAAGCAACACUUCAUUAGUGGCAAUCCUCAUUGCAACAAUCACCUUUGCUGCUGCUUUUACCUUGCCUGGAGGAUACGACAAUGAUGCUGGAAGUGAGGGGCUACCCAUCAUGUCAAGAAAGGUUGCCUUUCAGGCAUUUUUGAUCUCUGACUGCUUGGCAAUGUGCUCCUCACUGGCUGUUGCCUUCAUAUCCAUACUAGCAAGAUGGGAAGAUUUUGAGUUUUUAGUUUACUACAGAUCGUUUACUAAGAAACUUAUGUGGGUUAGCUACGUAGCAACCACCAUAGCAUUUGCAACCGGUCUAUACACAGUUUUAGCCCCUCGCCUCCUAUGGUUGGCUAUAACAAUUUGCCUUAUGUCAGUUCUACUGCCAUUUCUUACUUGGUUACUAGGUGAAUGGCCUGUCUUGAAGCUUAGAUUUCACCUGGGCAAAACAUUCAAGUCUGAGCUCCUUGAUAUGGUCUGAUUUUAUGAACUCGUCUUAUUUCUUCCAACAACUCUCUGUUUUACUAUAUCUAAAAAGAUAGUAUGUAUGCCUCAUGUUGUUUGAAAAGAUGUCAUUGUGAUUUUGAAUGUCAUGUAAACCUUAAA